GGAAAUUGGGAGAAGAAGAGAAUUUAUUAUGAUUGCAAGGGAGUGUACAAGAGCAUGAGUACAAAGCCCCUUUCUACACUCACUCACCUAGCAGCUCACUCUCUAUGGCCUACCCUUCUUCUAUUAGCCCUCCCUAUUUAUAGAAGAGGUCUGGCCCAAGUCCCUCUGCAAAUGAGGUCUCUAGAACACUCCACAAAUUUCCCUCAAAUUUACAAUUUCCAGAAGCUUCUCCACUCUCUCUCCUAACCUAAGCCUACAUUAUUCUAGAACCUCCUAUUCUAGAAUUAUGUACAAGGCCCUAGGAGUUUCCCAGGUUGGGCUUGGCCCAUUAAACCCAUACAGACCCCUGUUUGGAACCAUCUCUGCGCACCCAGUACCUUCUAGAAUUUUCUGGGCCGCUCCUGCACGCUCCAGCGUGUCUCAACUGUGACCCCUUGCCACGAUCUUGGCAUGGAUGCUGCCAACUCAUGCUGUGCCCGCCUCUUGGGUGUUCCAUGUCGAGCUCGUGCCCAUGUCAGUGCUCGUGCUCGCGCGCACGUGUGCCUCGAGCCAUACCGCACCCAUGCGUGCCAGUGCCUCGACCUAGCUUGCCUGUGCGUGCCCCCAUGUCUCGAGCCAAGACACUCCCACGCGCACACGCACGUCGCCCCCGAUUGCUCACGCACAUUCUCACGCGUCCUGUCCGCAACUUCACGCCACAGCCCCAGUAUCGACGCCUCCGUUGGCAAGGCCCCUUGCGUCUUGCACGAUCCACCUUGCGCCUCAGCCCUCAUAUGCAUUAGUGUCGUAAUCGCAACCUCGUGUCGCGACACCGACACCCACGUCCCACAUGCCUGCAUCCACACUUUCGAUCGCGCUUCCGCUUGUGCCCGUGCUCAUGCACGCGCCUGCCCUCAUGUCCGCGCUCGCACUUCACGACGCUACAUGGCAUGUCCCCUGGACGCUGCACACACCCUCUAUGUGCCUGUGGCUGCAGCUCCGUGCCAUAAUGCCCUCGGCUUCGGCCCCCGAACUCGCGUGCCAUGACAAACUGCUCUUAUUAUACAUAACAAUUCAUACCCUCUUUUCUCAUCUAUAUACAAAUUACAAACCCAGUAAGGUAGAGUUUUCUCCAAUUUCCCUCAAUUAUUGGGAUCCCAACAGCUCAAGUACAUGACUGUCCUCAGAGACUCUUCAGAUUGCUUUGCUUUCUCUUCUCUCAAUUGAUUCCGAACAGCAGCAGAAGACUGA